AUGGGGUUCUCCACAGGGGCAUGUAUGGCCGGUAUUCUGACAGCAAUUUUGGAGAGAAAUGGAUCAUGUGAUUUUCAGAAAGAGCGACUUGAUGCUAACCAUCCGCCGUUACUAUUCACAAUUUGCUUUAGUGGGUUCAAAUUGACACAUCCCAAGUUUCGAUCGUUGUACUUGGAUCAGAUUCAGACGCCGAUGCUUCACCUAACUGGGAUUUAUGAUUUCUGGAUCCCCCAGUCACAGACAUAUAAACUGGCUGAGAUUUGUGUUAACGGGGAAUUGGUCUCUUUUGAAGGCACUCACUACGUUCCCGGUGACCCUUUCGUUGUAAGGAAGGUGAUCGAAUUCAUUAAGGAGUCGCUCGGUUGGAAAUAUGAGCCUAACCAAGCAGAUGGUUGGAUCGAUAUUUAG